CACUAAUUCUCGAACACGUCCCUCGGUGCCGGCAUAGGUGCGUGUACUGCAUCUUUCCGGGUUCUGACUCGCCGUGCCCUGUGCGGGUCAUCGCUUGCGGAUCUGGGUUGGGCGCAAGGCGGAUAGAGCAAACCGGGCGUGUGCACUCCUCCAGAGGAGCUAGCGGAACGGGCCGCUAGUGGAGCUUUUUGGUAACUGAAGCCAGAGGGAGUGGUUGCAGGCUUCAGCUGUGUUUUUCCAAGCCUGGUCGGCUGUGCAGUGGAGCCCAGGUUCCAGGGAUGUAUAUGCAGGUGGAGACACGCACCAGCACCCGCCUCCAUCUGAAGAGGGCUCCAGGCAUCCGGUCUUGGUCCCUGCUGGUCGGAAUAUUAUCCACUGGCCUGGCUGCUGCCUAUUACAGUGGAGAUAGUCUGGGCUGGAAGCUCUUCUAUGUCACGGGCUGCCUGUUUGUGGCUGUACAGAACUUGGAGGACUGGGAGGAGGCCAUUUUCAACAAGAGCACUGGGAAGGUCAUCUUAAAAACAUUCAGCCUCUACAAGAAGCUGCUGACUCUUCUCAGAGCAGGCCAUGAUCAAGUGGUAGUCCUGCUGAAAGACAUCCAGGACGUGAAUGUGGAGGAGGAGAAGGUCCGUUACUUUGGCAAGGGCUACAUGGUGGUGCUCCGGUUUGCAACUGGCUUCUCCCAUCCCCUCACACAGAGUGCAAUCAUGGGCCGACGCAGUGAUGUGGAAGCCAUUGCCAAACUCAUCACUAGCUUCUUGGAGCUGCAUCGCCUGGAGAGCCCCUCAGAACGGUCACAAAGCAGCGACAGUGAACCUGACAUCCCUGGUGGCCAGAGCUGACACUGUGGAAUGGCUGCUGGUAAAUGUCACCCACUUCUGAUACGUCUCCAACCGACUUGCUAAUUAUAAGGGUACAGGCAGAUCUUGGGCACCUGCCUAUGGUUCGUUGGGGAGUUCUACUAUGGACCACCUGCCUUUUGCUUGUUUGUGCUUCUACACUUUGCAGAACCAUGGGCUAGACCUCUUCCACAAUUCAGAAAGGUUGCAUUUAUCAGGAUGUAGGGGGUGGAUGCUACAUCUAGGGGGAGGGCAAGGUCUCAGAUAUUAGUGCCUUCCCCAGAGUUAUACUGCAGCUGUGGGUUGGGCAGCACAGCCUGGUCUGGAUAAGCUUACACAAGGGCAGUCUGAAGCAUCAGAUGCCAAGCUUUCUUCAGCAUAAGCCUAGUGACUGCCUUCAAGACGCCUUGCCACCCCAGGCUACUGUAGGCAAGACUCCACUUCACAGUGAGAGUGAGACACUCACAUUCAUGUAGGAAGGACCCACUCCUGUGCACACUGAUGUCUACUGUCCCUCACCAUCCCUCAAGAUGGACACUCUUGGUGGUCAGGGGCUUCCCUGAAGGCAACUCUGGAUGCUGGAUGCCUGGCCACAGAACUCUCAGAGAAAUCAGAGUGCUGCUGACUACCCCGUUCCUUCUUAGGCCACUUGUCUGAGAUCCCAGGGUGUCGGAGCACAGCUGUCAGGAAUGGAAGGCUCUCCCAGUCCAGCAUGGAAAGAAGCUGCUGGUGGAGAGAAGCUCACUUUUGGCAUCCUGCAGCCUUUAAGACCUGGGAGCUCCUUUACAGAAACUGAAUCUUAGCCUUUCAAGCCUGGAAAACACCUGAGGAAAGUAGGCAUGUAGAGGCACAGCGCUAUAAAUCCUAGUGUUCAGAAGUGAGGCGGGAAGAAUGUUCCAAGGCCAGUCUGGGCCGUGGCCUCUUCUAAUAAAAUUGGUACCAACCACUAAUGGUCCUUUUCUGCCCUUCUGGUUUCCUUCUGAGUGGACUCAAGUCCCUCAAAAGUACAUUGUUUACUAAGUUCCCAGCGUGGCCUCUAGGCCUAAAAGCUGUGGAUCUCUGGGCUACAUACAGCUCCUCAAAGCUGCAGACUCAUACCUCGUCAGGUAGAACUGGGAGACUGAAGGUUAUACAGGCACAGAAGUUAAGGCAGCCUUGAGGCCGCUGUCCCUAGGCUGAGCAGAGUAGUUAGGCAAGAACUCUGACCAGGUCUUCUGAGUGACUGCCACUAGUCCCGAUUUGGAGACAUGGUCCCUUGAACAUGCCAAACUGACCUUUUUAAAUAGUUAAGUUAGAGAUUUUUCUCCCUAGGUGAAAUGUGAAAUAUAGCUUGUUGGUUUUUGGCUUGUUGCGUACAGACUCUUAAGGUACUUUAGACAAGAAAGGAAGGAGUCUGUCUCUUAGGUGCUGUCUUAUCCCCUUCUGAUAUUGCCCAGUGCUGAGACUCAUUCCUGGGUGAAGGCAUGAAAUUCUUUGUGGUGGUAAAAGGUUGGCUGAAGUUUCUGUUGGUGGGACUUCCACUUCUACUGGUCUUUUUAUUUCAGAAGUAAUAAAGCUCUACAUGCAAAUUGCAAA